AGCGAGAGGCAGCGAGGCGCCUGGCGACGGUGACAGCGCUGAGCGGGAGGGGCGCGGGCCACUCUGGGAGGGACCUAGCCAGUCAGGGCGCGCGGCGCGGGGCGCGUGGACGCAUUGGAGCAUCCGCGCGAGCCCUGAGCAGCAGCGGGAGGAGGCGCCCACCUGCACCUGCCUGCAUCUCCCAACAACUCCUCCCUGUUCAACUUGCCAGCAGCCAAGUGCCAUUAAAGCUGGCAGCUAGGAGGAUGCCUCACCUGGGUCCCCUCUGCUGGGAGAGGCAGGGCAAGCCAGAGAAUUCCCAGUGAAGGACUCAGAACUCUGCGAUUUCUCUUCUGCCACAGGCUGCGGAGCACCCAAGAAAACUGCUCCAUCGGAGCUGUGCCCAGGGCAAGAGGAUGGGAGACAGGGAUUAAGAGUCACCGAAAUGGACAGAGGCAGCUGGCAUCUCAUUGGUAUCUUUAGAAGAUUGCUCUUUAAUGCCAUUCAAGCCCUGCCAAGCAUCAUUUCUGCAUGACUACCACCAAAGGAUUACUUUACAGAAACUGCUGCCAUUUUGAAGAGUGUGAUUUGGACCCUGAUUCAGAAAAGAGAUCUUCAAUGAGGGAACAUCAGUGCUGAUUACCACCCUAGGAUCCAGAAGAGUCCGGUGACCAAGUAUGGCUUCCUUUUGGAGACUAAUUCUGUUCCUGUCUGUCACCAGGUGUCUUUCAGAGUACUCUGAAGCUCUUCCCGGUCUUUCUACUUCAUAUGCCACUUUGCUAAGAAUUAAGAAGAGUUCGACCUCAUCUGCCUUUGGUUCCAAGAGCAGACCGCGGUACAGCAGUCCUCCCCUGGGUACCCUGAGUGUUUCUCCACCAAGCUGGCGAGGGGCAGCUCAGCAGUACCGCUCCCCGGUCAGCCUUUAUCACUCCUCGGAUGCCUUCAGACAAGACGAAAGUGUGGAUUACGGGCCAGUAUUUGUACAAGAACCUGAUGAUGUCAUUUUCCCGACCGAUUCUGAUGAAAAGAAGGUAGCCCUGAAUUGUGAAGUACGUGGCAACCCCACUCCUACUUACAGAUGGCUUCGGAAUGGAACAGAAAUUGAUAUGGAAAGUGACUAUCGUUACAGUUUGAUAGACGGCACCUUCAUCAUAAAUAAUCCAAGUGAAGUCAGGGAUUCUGGGCUUUACCAGUGCUUAGCCACCAACAGUUUUGGAAGUAUUCUCAGUCGAGAAGCCACACUUCAGUUUGCCUAUCUGGGAAAUUUUAGUGGCCGGACAAGAAGUGCAGUCUCUGUGAGGGAAGGCCAGGGGGUUGUUCUGAUGUGCUCCCCGCCGCCUCAUUCUCCAGAGAUCAGCUAUAGCUGGGUCUUUAACGAGUUCCCUUCCUUUGUGGCGGAAGACAGUCGGAGGUUCAUAUCCCAGGAGACGGGCAACCUUUAUAUUUCUAAAGUGCAAACAUCAGAUGUUGGCAGCUAUAUUUGUCUGGUGAAAAAUUCUGUGACGAAUGCUCGAGUGCUCAGUCCUCCAACACCACUCACUCUGCGAAACGACGGUGUGAUGGGAGAAUAUGAGCCGAAAAUUGAGGUCCAUUUUCCUUUCACGGUUACAGCUGCUAAGGGAACAACUGUUAAGAUGGAAUGCUUCGCACUUGGCAACCCUGUUCCGACAAUCACCUGGAUGAAGGUUAACGGUUAUAUCCCUAGUAAGUCCAGACUGCGGAAAUCCCAGGCGGUGCUAGAGAUCCCCAACCUGCAGCUGGACGAUGCAGGAAUAUACGAAUGCACGGCUGAGAACGCUCGUGGAAAAAAUUCCUUUCGUGGACAGCUACAAAUAUACACAUACCCACACUGGGUACAGAAACUGAAUGAUACACAGCUGGACAGUGGGAGUCCUCUUCAGUGGGAAUGCAAAGCUACUGGAAAGCCCAGGCCCACCUACCGCUGGCUGAAGAAUGGAGCACCCCUCCUGCUGCAGAGCAGAGUGGACACAAUUAAUGGAGUAUUGGCGAUCCGUAGCGUGAAUCAGUCAGAUGCUGGGAUGUAUCAGUGUUUGGCUGAGAAUAAAUAUGGAGCUAUUUAUGCAAGCGCCGAGCUGAAGAUUCUAGCCUCACCACCCUCCUUUGAACUAAAUGAAGUGAAGAAAACCAUAGUUGUUACCAAAGACCGGGAAGUCCUCAUAGAGUGCAAACCCCAAGGCUCUCCCAAACCAACCAUCUCCUGGAAGAAGGGAGACAAGGCAGUACGAGGCAGCAAAAGAAUAGCUAUUCUUCCAGAUGGAAGCCUGCGGAUCCUAAAUGCUUCUAAAGUAGAUGAGGGAAAGUACAUUUGCCAAGGGGAGAACAUCUUCGGUUCCGCAGAGAUUAUAGCCUCCCUGUCUGUCAAAGAACCCACAAGGAUAGAGCUUACUCCUAAAAGAAUGGAGCUAACUGUUGGAGAAAGCAUUGUCCUCAACUGCAAAGCCAUCCAUGACUCCAGUUUGGAUGUCACUUUCUACUGGACACUAAAGGGACAACCUAUUGACUUUGAGAAAGAAGGUGGACAUUUUGAAAGCAUCAGGGCUCAAGCAUCCUCUGCAGAUUUAAUGAUCAGGAACAUCCUUCUGAUGCAUGCUGGGAGAUAUGGCUGCAGGGUACAGACCACAGCAGACAGUGUGUCAGAUGAGGCAGAGCUUCUGGUUAGGGGUCCACCAGGACCACCUGGUGUGGUCAUUGUGGAGGAGAUCACGGAAAGCACAGCAACUCUCUCUUGGAGCCCAGCCACUGACAACCACAGCCCCAUCUCCUCCUACAACCUGCAGGCUCGCAGCCCCUUCUCCCUGGGCUGGCAAACGGUGAAGACAGUCCCAGAAGUCAUCACAGGAGACAUGGAGUCAGCAAUGGCUGUGGACCUAAACCCCUGGGUAGAAUAUGAAUUCCGAGUGGUGGCCACCAACCCAAUUGGGACAGGGGAUCCGAGCAUUCCAUCUCGAAUGAUCCGCACAAAUGAGGCAGUUCCAAAGACAGCCCCCAGCAAUGUGAGUGGAAGAAGUGGAAGAAGACAUGAACUGGUUAUUGCCUGGGAGCCAGUAUCAGAAGAGUUUCAGAACGGGGAAGGCUUCGGUUACAUAGUGGCGUUCAGACCCAACGGAACCCGUGGCUGGAAGGAGAAGAUGGUGACGUCCUCUGAGGCUUCCAAGUUUAUUUACCGAGAUGAAAGUGUCCCGCCCCUCACACCCUUCGAAGUCAAAGUUGGCGUUUAUAAUAAUAAAGGGGACGGACCCUUCAGCCAGAUCGUAGUCAUCUGCUCAGCUGAGGGAGAACCCACUGCUGCUCCUACCGAUGUCAAGGCUACCAGUGUGUCCGUGUCAGAGAUUCUUGUUGCAUGGAAACAUGUUAAGGAGAGUCUCGGAAGGCCGCAGGGAUUUGAGAUUGGUUACUGGAAAGAUAUGGAGCCAGAGGACUCCGCAGAAACAGUCAGAACCAGAGGGAAUGAGUCAUUUGUCAUGUUGACUGGAUUGGAAGGCCACACACUCUAUCACCUCACAGUCAGGGCUUACAAUGGAGCGGGAUAUGGGCCACCCAGCGGGGAAGUGAGUGCCACCACCAAGAGACACCCCCCUAGUGAACCACCUGGCAACCUCAGGUGGGAGCAGCAAGGUUCUCAGGUUUCCCUGGGCUGGGAGCCAGUCAGACCCUUAGCCAACGAGUCUGAAGUCAUUGGUUAUAAGGUUUUUUAUAGGCAAGAGGGUCACAGCAAAGGUCAAGUUAUUGAAACACAGAAGCCUCAAGCUGUCGUGCCUCUCCCUGAGGCCGGAGUCUACAUUAUUGAAGUCCGAGCAUACGGUGAAGGAGGGGAUGGAACACCUAGCUCCCAAAUCAGGGUACCUUCAUAUUCAGGUGGGAAAAUCACAAGCGCUCAGUCAACCCUACACUCUCUCUCCAAGUGGUCCUCAGUAACACUGCUCUUGGCUUUGAUGCUUCCUUCCAGUUCGUGGUGAAAGCUGCUCAUGCAGUUUGCUUUUCUUUGCUUUAGCUUGAGAAAGCGGCAGCAGACAGAGCGCAGAAUGAGUGGAGACCCAGGGUCCUGAGGAAAGCUUUGACACAUGGGACUACAGAUGAUGCACUCUCAGGAGUUUGGGGGGAGAAUACGAGUUACCCAUCAGGUUUCUCUUUGGAUUUUGUAAAUGGAGAGGACAGUUCUUGGUCCAAUAAAAAUAUGCAGAUUGUAUGUAAUGAAAUUUUGUAAGCAAAGGUAAUUUCUGUCAGAUGUAUUCUUAAUUUUUUUUAAUAUGUUGGAAUUUGAUUUUCUACUUGAUGACUCUGAGUGUCAUCCAAUUGUUACCAAUGUGGUCUCUAUAGCCUGCUCAAAAACAAAUACAAAUCUGAGAAGGAAACAUGUUCUCAAGACUCUGAGUCUAGUGUUUUCCAAUCUUUCCAUCAGAUCACGGCUUCAAUACCAAACCAGCAGGAAAUAUGAGGAAAUACUUCCGUUAUUGGGAUAGGGUAAAUCCAUAAAAGAAUCCUCAAAAACUCUUGUAUGACUGAAUAGAAAAAUAGCAAGAUUUGUCAAUAGGCCAUUCUACAUGUGCCCAUAGAGUAAGGUAUUAAGGUAGAGAAUUUACAUUAGUGGAAGUUAAAUAGAAAGUGAGUCCAAACUGAGUUAUUGUUUCCCACUGAGUAACAUGUGGCCUAACAGCAAAUACAGUCCAUGUUUAAUGUCAAAAGACAGUUUAAAGUCACAAAAUUAGUGAGUACUGAAAACUGCGAUGGCACAGAGCCACAGGUGCUAACAGAAAAGUACAAAGGACAUGGGGCAGGGAUGCCCCAUUUCUCUACCUGCUGUCAAGAUAGACAUGAAAGUGAGUGCAAGGCUUUCUUCUACUUGCAAAUCAUUAUGAGGACAAGGAAAAUUGGUGGAAGAAGUAAUGAAACAAAUGAUUAAAACAAAGAAAAAUCUGAGGUUUUAGACACUGCUUUACAUCAUAGGCCAUUUACAAAUGCUUCCCAACUACUGUAUUAAGGAGGUUCUGUUAGGUUCAGUGAUGUUCUUAAAACUGAGUUGUGAGAACAUGUGCUACCACGGGAUUCAGCUAGUCUAGCCAAAGUCUGCAUUGCUGGGUUCUAUAGAAUUGUCAGAGACAAUCCCCAUUGACUAAUUCAAGGAGUCAUAUUCAGACUAAGAGACAGUUCACAGAAAAACUAAGUGAGAUCAUCCCAUUUCAUGAUGUGUGUGUAGUAUACACAGCACAAAGAAACACCAAGGUGGACAUCACACCCAUGGAAGAGUCCAGAAAUGGUACUUAGGGCAGCCUUGCUUUCCAGAAAGAACCUGGAGAUGCUAGCUAGAUGAGCAAUGUUCAGAUGGGGACAAAGGUAGAUUCUAGUGCUUCACCUUUAUAUGGUCUCAGCCAAUUAACUUUACUUGCAUCUUUAAUAACAAAAUGAAAAUACUGAGCUUAAGUCAAUGAUGCUGAGGGGUCUAUCCUGAAUAGCUUAAAAGAGUUUUCAGAGCACAGUGUAACAAUCUGCCAACUAUUCAUACUCUGUUUGGAGAGAAUUGUAUCCCAGAUAGCUCUAAGUAAAGACGGUCAAUAUAAAAAGAUGGUUUUAGUCAACAGACUGUUACAGUAAAUACUAAGACAGUGACUACUCAAGCCUAUGAAUCAUAAAACCACGUGGCCUUUCUCAUGUGCCUCCUGGGGAGUAGGAGAGGCUUAAGUUCACCAGUAAGAAGCAAAGAUAAACUUCCCCAAAUAUGGUGUCACUUGCAGGAACAAAUCAUGCAUCUGAAAAAUUGUACAAUAAUAUUUUUAAAUGAAUAUGUUUUUCAUAUUUGGUAAAUUGAGACUUUUUUCAUUUAUUAUUGACGUUCUCAUUUAGAUUUACUGAAGAACCUUAAGAAGCAACUUCUUAACUAAAUUCUUCUAAAAAAAAACCCAGUAAAAUAAAAAUGUCACAUCAUGGCAACUUCUUAUUAAUCAAUAUUCCCAAAUUGCUGGGGGAUAGUAUGUCUCUGCCUGAAUAUCCACAUACAGAACAUCUGAUGUCAUAUUCUCACAGAAGUCAGAGAUGUGGGGUGUUUUUACUUAACAUGCACAAAAUAUGUAUUUUGCAUCAUGAACCAAUUUAAAAUAAAACAGGUUUCCACUGUAUCUGUAUUUCUGUAUUCCAUAUUUGUUAUUUUGUAGCGAACAGACAGCGUUCCUGUCAAGGAACGUUAUUUGCCAACAACAGUACUGAGAAAGUGUUUUCUCUGGUGAAAUUGUAACUACAGUCUUAUGUCACUUCAGAGACUGUAUUUUUAUAAUGCCCAUUGAACCAUAAGAAAACAGCACUCCUUAUCACGAGACACUUCAUGACAGCAAAUGUUUUGCAUAUGUAACUGAAGGUACUGUGGACUCUGUGUCAAACCAUUAAAUAUAUUGUAUACAAUCUGUAUAUAUACUAUAUAUAAUGGUAUAUAUCAUGUGGAAGACACAGUAAAAUAGUUCUGUGUACUGUUCUUGUAACAAUAGACCUUUUUAAUAAACAA